GCUUUUCAAUCUACUACACACUUCAUCAAACAGAUUCAGAUGGAUAACUUGAUGCAGAACCACCUCUUUGCAACGCAUGCAAUUGCUGCUGUGGGAUUUGCGACUUUCGGCACUGCUUUUACUUACCCCCUUGACACCAUUAAAACCCUAGUUCAGGUUAGUUCAGGUUCCAGCUCAAAAUUAACUGCGUUUCAGAUUCUAAACAAGGUUCAAUCUCUAUCAGGAAAUUCAGUUGGUCGAGAAGGCAAUCAUGUCCAUGUCUCUGAGGCCCUUAUGGCUGGGAUGGCAGCUGGUGCCAUGGAGUCACUGAUAAGUUCUCCAUUUGAACUUAUUAAACUUCGUGCACAGGAGCAUCCUUGGAUGAUGACUGGGUCAGGGAAGCCUUCUUCAGUUUAUGAAGUUCGGAUGCCAUCUGAAAUUAUCUCUUUGGAAGGAUGGGGUGCAUUUUGGAGAGGUUUGCAUUCAGGAGUUGUUCGAGAUACAAUUUUUGGUGGUAUGUUUUUUUCCACUUGGCAGUUUCUACCCCAAGUAAUGCUUGGUUGGAAGGCAGCCGGGAUGGAUCACCUACCUAGCUCUGAUGAAAAAAUUGGUCCACUCUCUCCUUUAGUGGUUAGUCUUGCAGCUGGUUUUUCAGGUUCAGUUGUUGCUGCUUCUUCUCAUGGUUUUGGCACUUGCCAAAUGUCGAUCACAGUGCAUUGUGCUGCCCAAGAUAUGGCAAUUGUUACCGGGAAGUAUAUUGUAAUGGAGAGAAAACUGUGAAAUGGAGAAGGCCAGGAAGAAGGUUUGAAAGACUUGCAGGAGUCCACCCUGCAGAUAGAAAUCUCUUGUUAUGUGGCAUUUGGCUGCGGAUGGCACGCAGAGGGAUUGCUUCAUUUGUGAUUGUUGGAAGUUAUUUCUUGGCUAUUGACUAUCCUGUUGGAAGAUGACUCAUUUAGUCUGAAACAUCAGAUAAAUCAUUUCAAUAGUU